AUGGCUUCCUCUCUUCUUCUUCUUGUGUCAGUUUCAUGGUUCUCUUCCUUCCUGGCUCUGCUAGUCUCACCCGUACAAGCAGCCACCUGCACCUCACAGGCAUUCAAUAACAAGAAGCUCUACUCCAGCUGCACCGACCUCCCGUCCUCAGUUCCUACCUCCACUGGACCUACGAUACCUCCAACUCCUCUCUGUCCAUCGCCUUCGUCUCUACACCCCCCCCAAUCUGACGGCUGGGUAGCGUGGGGCAUCAACCCCACCUCCACCAAGAUGGCUGGGGCACAGAUACUCUUGGCCUACAACACAGAUAGUGGGAUCCCAACCGUCAAAACCUUAAACAUCAGCUCAUACACCUCCUUGGUACUGGGAAAACUCUCGUUUGACAUCUGGGACAUCAGCUCCGAGUUCUCCAACGGAACGUUCAAGAUCUUCGCCGCGGUUAAGGUUCCCCAAAAACGAGGAGUCCGUGAACCAAGUCUGGCAGGUGGGACCCGCGGUCAACCAAAACUCUGGUUUCCCCGACAACAUGACAUCGUCGGCCCCAACCUGGAGUCCUUUCAGACCUUGUCCUUGGCAGCUAAGACCACUACGGGCACUAGCAUUGAUCGCCCUAGACCUGUCCAUUGCAUUGCUGCUCCUGCUCCCAAUAUGGGCACUCGCACUCCCCCUGGGACGACUAACAUGAUACACUGCAGUCCAGCUAGUGGCCUUGGUGGUGGUGGUGGUGGCCUUGAUCGUGGUGGUGGUAUUGCAGGAGGGGCUUUGAGGAUUGAGAGUGGAGGAAACGUGGUUUUGUUCUCUGUUUUGCUUUCGGUUCUUGCAGCUCUCAUUGCUUUCUAA